AUGCGGGGGCUGGUGGCGCUGCUGGCGGCGCUGAGCUGCGCGGCCCCGGCGGGGCGGGCGGCGUCUCCCGGGGGGGCCCUCAGCUCCAACGCCAUCAAGGGACCCCCCCCCGGGGCGGCGGCCGAAGCCAGCGCCGCCCCCGCCUCCCCCUUCGACGGCAGCAACAAGCCACCGCCGGCUGCCACCCGGCAGCCUUUCCCCUGCGCCGAGGACGAGGACUGCGGCCCCGAGGAGUUUUGCGGGGGGGCGGCCCGUGGCGGGGGUGCCCCGCUCUGCCUCGCCUGCCGGAGACGCCGCAAGCGCUGCCUGCGCGACGCCAUGUGCUGCCCCGGCACGACCUGCAGCAACGGGCUCUGCACCCCCCCGGAGCCUCCCCACGGAGCUGCCGAGCUGGAUGACAUCGGCACCGAGGCUCUGCCCCGACGGACACCCGCUCCCGCCUGGCUCCCCACUGCCAAAGGUGAGGAGGGGGACUUCUGCCUGCGCUCGUCGGACUGCGCGGCCGGGCUCUGCUGCGCCCGUCACUUCUGGUCCAAAAUCUGCAAGCCGGUGCUGCGGGAAGGGCAGGUGUGUACCCGGCACCGGCGGAAAGGCGCCCACGGCCUGGAGAUCUUCCAGCGGUGCCAGUGUGCCGAGGGGCUGGCAUGUCGCCUCCAGCGAGAGCACGGCCCCGCUGACACCUCCCGCCUGCACACCUGCCAGCGGCACUGAGCAUCGCCUGCCCGACGGACGGACGGACGGACAGACAGGACGGGACGGACUCCGGCACCGCCGGAGCGGAAGGUUGUUUCUCAAGGGAACUACUUUUAAGCAACUAAUUGCAGUACGUUACUGUGUUGUGAAUACUCGAGCUGGCACUUAGCUGUACAUAACGCCGGGACUUUUUAAUGACUUAUUUUUUUUCCGAGGGUGCUGCCUCGUGCUCUUCAAGCCGUGACUGUGACUUUGUACACACUGGGUUUUUAAAUCUAGGUCAAAGGGACGCGACCAUCUGUUUGCGGGUGAAUAAACUGGUCUUUAAAAUCA